AUGUCUGAAGAAGUCAUAAACCAGGAAUUUGCCAACAUUCAAGAGGAGGCCCAAAAGGCCGCCAGACAAGUCGAACUUUACACUCGUAAGCUUAUGGUCCCCAUCUGGGAAAAGCGCCGCGACACUAUUAAGAAGAUCCCCGGCUUCUGGACCCAGGCUAUUGGCAAUACCCCUCUGUUCCUCAGCCCCAGCGAAAAUGAUAUUGAAGCUGUGGAGAACUUGACUGAUUUCCACGUCGAAUACGAUGAAGCUCGUCCCGACUACCGCAAGGUUGUCGCUACUUUCAAGAAGAACGAUGUUUUCAAAAACGAAACCCUUACCAAGCCUAGCAAGAAGAGAAAGGCCGAUGAGGAUGAUGAAAGCAACUUGUCGUUCUUGGAGUUCUUUGGCAGCAACGACAACACCAUCGGCGGUAUUUUGGCCGAUGACAUUUUCCCUGGCGCUCUUGAAUACUUUCAAGGUGAAGAUGAUGAAGACGAUGAGGAUGCCGACGAGAUCGACUUGGGUUCUGAGGAUGAUGAAGAAGAAGAAGGUAAGUUGUUGUCCUUUCUGUCUUUGUUUGGCAUUCAUAAAAUGCUGAUAAUGAAUCAUUCUCUUCCUUUUCCUGGAGACUAG